AUGGUCAAGGUCCCCAUUAUCAAGAAGCGCACGAAGCCUUUCAAGCGUCACCAGUCCGAUCGUUACAAGAGUGUGAAGGAGGCAUGGCGGAAACCUAAGGGUAUCGACAACAGGGUGCGGCGUCGAUUCAAGGGACAGCUUCCUAUGCCCAAGAUUGGAUAUGGAAGCAACAAAAAGACACGGCACCUUCUUCCCAACGGCCUGAAGAAAUUUUUGGUUAGCAACGUACGAGAAGUCGACCUUCUCCUCAUGCACAACAAAAGCUUUGCCGCCGAAAUCGCGCAUAACGUUAGCAGCCGAAACCGCAUAGCAAUCAUUGAGAGGGCUAAGGUGCUGGGCGUGAAGAUCACGAACUCGGCUGCUCGCCUACGGUCAGAAGAGUAA